CGUGUGUGCAUUCGAACCGAGAGCAACAUUUAACGAACGCAUGUUUGUCGGUAGUAGCAACAAUAGCAGCAGCUUCUAGCGAAACUUCACAGCCACAGCCAAGUGUUUUGUUGGUGUGCCCCAAAGAAGCCAAGUGCAAAGCAAAAUUGAAUAAUUUUUGUAGUGUGUGCGCGUUGCGUGUGAGUAAAUGUGCUUGUGCAUGUGGUUGUGUUUGUGUAUUUUCCGUUUUCUCGGUUGUAUUCAUAUAUAUUCAUAUUAUUUGCUUGCCAUGCCAAAAAAUAUAAAGUUGAUAUAAAAAUCUAAAGGGCAAAGCAAACGCGCAUAACUUUUAGCGAAUUCAAGUUAAAAAGUGUAUUGUAACAGCAACAAGGAGCCGACUCAGCGAUUGUAUUGCUAUUUUUGGAGCAAUUAGCAAAGAAUAACAACGACAACAACGAAACGUCGCUGUCGACGUCGACGGCAACAGCAACAACAACAAGAGCAACACUAAAGCCUUACGGCUGCUGUGCCGUUGCUUCUGUGGAGUACGAAAAACAACAACAACAACAGCAAACAAAAAUAACAAUAUCAAUUGCGUCGUCGGUCGGCGCAUUUGCAUAAAUAUGUAAGGCUGCCAGAACCCGCCUCCCGUGUCAUAUUGUUAGCCCCUCUGCGACUGCUUGCGCUCCACCUUUUAUCAAGUGUCGACAAACAUCAAGAAAGAAGAAGAUAAAUUAGAAGAAGCAGAAGAAGAGAGAUAUAAAAAGCACAAAUUGUGCAAAAUUAUUCCAAUUGUGUUUUGUGUUUUGCUGCUCUUUUCGCGUAUUUGCAGUUUCGCGAGUGUGUGUGCGAGUGUGCGUGUGCGUUUUUGUGUGUUGUUUAUGUGAACACAAUGCCGCUUAGCCCUGAGCAAAAGCAACAACGCUGAGGUGAGCUCUAUCUGCCUCGUUCUCUCUCUUUCUGUCUAUCUUGCUCGUUCGUUUCUCUUUCACUUCCAAUUGCAACGGUCCAGCAGCUGAGAAAAAAAAAUCAAAACGCAACUGCAGAAAAUGUCAACUUCAACAAUAACAACAACAACAACAGCAGCCGCAGCCCCAGCAGCGACAACGGCAGUUUCAACGCCCCCGCUGACUGCGAGUUGCGGACGUACCGCGGACUGUCGUAAAUUCUCACCAAAUAUAUUCAACAAGAGCAAAUGCAGCCACUGUUUUCGUCAACGGGAGGAGCACAGUGCCGCUGCCUUGGAAUGCAAUAGGUCUUUAAAGACUCUGGCACUACUCGCAUCGCGGAAAGUCUCCAAAUGUGGCUAUUUGUUUGUCGCACCAGAUUGGGAUUUCAGCAAUCCGUUGUACAGAACAAAGCGUUGGCAGAGACGGUGGUUUGUGCUUUAUGACGAUGGAGAGCUCACUUACUCGGUGGAUGACUUUCCCGAGACUGUGCCACAGGCUUGCAUUGAUAUGACCAAAGUUAUGGAAGUAAGCAGCGCGGAGGAAGUAACCGGCCACACAAACUCCAUUGCCAUAACAGCACCGGAGCGCGUGACUUAUGUGAAGGGCAUCAGCUCAGAGGAAUCGCAAUGGUGGCUCAAUAUAUUGACAGCGUUUCCAAAGUCGAAGGGUCGUCACAAGCGGAGUACCACAUUGCCGGGUGGUCAGAUCAAUUGUCUUCGCCAAUCCGCCAAUGUAGACUUGGCGAUCAAGUUGGGAAAUCGCCAUAGUUCAUAUCACAAGGAUACGCUAACGUCCUCACAGUCCGCGUCAAGUUUGAUUGGUAAUCUUGAUUGUCCCAGUUCAAGAAACUCAACACCCAAUGAUGAUGAAGAUGAUGGUGUUGAAACUGGGGAGGACGAAGAUGAAGAUGAUGACGAAAAUGACAAUGGUGAUGAUGAUGAGGAGCAACAAGUGUCAACGUCCAGAAAAGCAAAAGUCACAUCAUCAUCUAGCAGCAUCGGAGGACAGGACGAGAACAAUCGGAAUGCAGGCAACGAAAUUACAAAUCGAGGUUGUUUGUUGAUCGAGGAUAUACGGCGGGAUGAAAAGUCAAUCAAGGAUAUAGCCAACACAAUAACGAACCUAAGUCAACAGCAAAGCAAACGCUGGUCCACAAUGGCUGUGAACAAUGCGUUGAAUAAUCAACAUCAACAUCAUUACCAAUACCAUACAUCUUGCGACGAGACCGAUUUCCAGGUGAUGUCCUCGGGCAAAUCUCUUAACGUUGGCAGUGAGCCACAGACAAUUGUUAAUUUAAGGCCAAAGUCACUACCACUAGCCGCUAACUCGACUCCAGCAAUUGUGUCAGCAGUAGUCAAGAAGAUACCCACGGUACUCGUCUCCCAGCAGCAACAACAACAACAGCAGCAACAACACUCACUGAAGCUGUUAAAAGAAGAUAACUCAAAGAGCAACAAGUCAUCUGGUCGAUUAGAACUGCAGUUACAACUGAAGCCUGCCAAGCAUUAUCAGCAUGAACGUGGCGAUCCAGAUGGUGGCUGUAAUCUGGAUGAACUGUGCGCCAACUACAUGUCCAAAUCGGAUGAGCUGAGAUCGGUUAGCAAGUUAAGCAACAACAGCAACAAGAAUGCAGCAUCAGCUAAUAAGACGUUGGGUAAAAGUGUUGAGGAAUCGCUAAAUGCCAAAAAGGGCUGGUUAAUGAAGCUGGAUAACCGAACAGGCGAAUGGAGCAAGCAUUGGUUCACCUUGAGUGGAGCAGCACUCUUCUAUUAUCGCGAUCCGCUUUGCGAAGAACGCGGAGUUCUCGAUGGUGUCCUGGACGUCAACAGCCUAUCAACUGUAGUUGAGGAACCUAGUGCCAGUAAGCAGCAUGCCUUUCAGCUGAUCACUUGGGACAAGCAGCGCCUGUUCCUGGCCAGCUUGUCGCCCAGUUCACGUAAUAGUUGGCUAGCGAUCCUGCGGAGUGCGGCAGGUCUGACACAGCAACUAGAGACAUCAACGACGACACCAAUAGCGACAUCAUCAGCAGCCAUAAUGAAGUCCAGCGACAUUGAGCAAGAUUUUAUCAAAGCGCAGUUGCAACAACAUUCAACACAUCCGCUCAGCUCAAGUCCAGCUACACCUGGAACACCAGGAACACCGUGUACACCGGCAAAUGGACCACAUUUCUCCUCGGACGAGGAGUAUCGUACUGCAUCAGAAGGCGGUCGACGUGAUAGCUUAGACUGGGGCUCUCCGCUGUCUCCAUCUCCUCCCGUUUUACGGAGCUGUCUGCGAAACCGGAGCCUGGCCAGUCUCCACAAGCGCAGUCGAAGCUCACCACCAAGCUCACGCCGCAGCACCGUGGAUAGCGUGACAAGUGAUGAGCUGUCCCUAAUGGCCGUGCCGGAGGAGAUUCGACCAGAGCGUGAGCUAAAGCAACAAUGCGAGACGCUUCGCACCGAGGCCAAAAUAAGAGAGGCACGGAUGUCCGAGCUGCUUACAACACUACAACGUACCGAGCAGGAACUCACGGCCCGUCUGCAGGAGCAGCAGCAGCAAUUGAAUGGGGAACUGACCAGUGCCAAACAGAGUGCUGCGGAGCUGGUUCACACUCUAAGCCUGCAGUUAACAGAGAGCCAGUGCAAGAUCAAACAGCUGGAGGAUCGUCUGGCCCAGGGGAUUGAGGAGAACGAAGGCUUAUAUAAAAGAUUGCGUGAUUUCCAAGUGGACAACAACCAAGUGGCCAGUCUGAGCAAUCUGCAGCGUCACAAGAUGAAGCGCAUGGACUCUCUAAGCGAUCUAACGACUAUUAGCGACAUUGAUCCCUACUGCUUGCAGAGAGAUUCCCUUGCCGAGGAGUACAAUGAGUUGCGUACUCGAUUCGAAAAGGCAGUCAAUGAGAUUCGAGCCAUGAAGCGAGAACUCAAACAGUCACAGAACCAGUACGAUGCUCUGGAACUGAUCCAGACAGCACUGCAACAAAAGCUAGAACGCUGUCAGAUGGAAGACGGCGCCCAGCUGCAGCUGAUGGCAGCACGCAUUCAGGAUCUGACCAUCAAGUACAGUACAUCAGAAAGACAAGUACGUGCCUUGAAGCAGAAACUAGCCAAGUCCGAACGAAGACGGUCCCUCUCUCUUAAAGGCAAGGAACAAUUGGAACUGAAAUUAAGUGAGCUGCAAAGGGAAACUGUUGAGCAUAAGUCCGGCGAUUGCAGCACGGCAAGCACCACUGAAUCCAGCGGUGACUCAAGUAGUCAAUCAUCACCCUUGAAUGCGCAUCUAUUGCAACGCCUGCACAGUCUGGAGCAUGUACUGCUGAACACCAAGGAGCGUCUGGAGCAAAGUCUCAACCAGCUGCAACAGCUGCGUGUUGGUCAGCGCAGCCGUCGAUCCGUAUCACCGCUAAAUGAACGCAAGGAUGGACUCAGGCAGUUGGAACGAGCUCUGGUCGAGACCUGUGUGCUGGUCACCGAGCAGAUGGAACUCUCCUGCUUGCAGGAAGCGUGCCACAAGUGCAGCGAACUUCAUCAGCGCAUUGAGAAGCUGACGACGCUUCAUCAACAAACUGAAACAGAUUUACAGCGUAGUGAGCAGCUGCUGGAACAGCGCGAGGGAGAACUAGCGAUCUCAUUGGAGAAAUGUGCCAGCCAGGAGAACGAGCAGCAAGUUUUGCUGCAACAGCGCAAUGAGCUCAGCGAUGAACUGGGUCGGCAGCAGGAGCGCUGCAAACGACUUGAGAAGCGUCUUGAUCUUCUGGAAAGGGAGCACGGCAAGCAACUUGAGUGUCUCCGCCAGGUAUACCGUCAUGAGCAUGACAAUGUUUCAGAGGAUCAGAGUUUCCGUAAGCGCUACCAGACUGAGAUUGAGCAGCUGAGGACACUCUGCGAAAAGGGUCUCAGUGCCAUGGAAUCAUCACAUCGCCGACUAAUAUGCGAUAUGGAGGAGAAGCACAAGAUAGAAAUUGAUCGAUUGCUAGCUGAAAAGGAAACAGCUCUGGCUGAGGAGACACAGGCAACACUGGCCGCUUUGGACGCCAUGCGUAAGGCGCAUGAGAGUGAGGUGCAACGAGAGGUUUCACGCUUCAAGUCUGAGUUUUUGCAUCAGGUGCAACGGGGUGAGCACAUGCGAGGAGAUGGCGCCAAGCUAAAAGAAGAGGAGCUCGACGAGUUACGUCUGGAGAUACUGUCCUUUUCUGAAAAAUAUUCCAUCAAGUGUGUGGAAAACGCAGCAUUGGAGGAGAAGCUGCAUCUGGCUAACGGGAAGUUAAGGCACUUUCAGCAAAUGCAACAGCUGGAGCUCAGAAAUCAACAAUUUCGCGCCCAUCUGGCUUCUGACGAUCCUAGCAGCGAUGUGCAUUUCGUCCAAGGCCUAACAGCUGGCUCCAAAGACGAUGCUUCAUGUGAAGAUAGCGAGCCUGUUCAGUGUGCACCACAAAUAAUGGUUGAUACUCGUACAAACACAACAACAACAACAAGAACAAGAACAACAACCACAAGUAAAAGAACAAGAAGAACAACUAUAGAACCCCCUGCAUCGGGAGUGCCCGAGAAAUUGGAUCAGAACCUGUUUGUGAUACCCUACCAUAGGCAAAAUCAUUGCCAAGUGUCUGCUGCAAGCAUACCUGAUAGUGGCAUUGAUAUCGUUAAUAUCGAUAAAUUCGAUAGAGUCGAUAACAUCGAUGAGCUCGUCUAUGAACCGUGCUACAAGCCGAGCGAUAUAUUUGCCCUGUAUCAGAAUCGUUUAUGUUUCCAAGGUUUGAAAAGCAACUCGACGUUUGGAAAGAAUUUAAGAAAAUCCACUGCGAGAACAUCACCAGCAUCAUUGUCAUCACCAUCACCAGCAUCAUCAUCGUCGUCAUCAACAUCACCAUCAAAUGCAGAGAUACGAAGAACAGCAACAAUAAUAGUACAGAGCCCCGUCCAAAAGGGACCCAGUCACAAUCGAAUCUAUAAGACAGAUGCCGUUAUUAAUAUUCAACAACAGCAACACGCAGGCAAUGCAAUAAAACAAGAAAAAGCACAAUGAUCAAUGCAAUGAAAUAACGACAAGAAUAAAACAAAUAACCAAGAGCGAACAACAACAACAGAACCAGUGGAACAACCAAAGAAUAAUUAGUGCUAAUAAUAAAUAAAUAAAUAACUUUAAUUAUUUAACAUAUAAUUAACUAAACCAAAUGCAAAAAUCAAACGAGAAUACACACUUACAUGUAAAUAUGCGAAAAUCAUUUUAUAAAUUAACAAAGAUGAUGUUGGUGAUGUUGACAACAACAGCAGCGGAGCAGCAAAGCUUCUUGUAAACUUUACACAGCAAAAGAUUGAGUUAAACGCUAACAACGACUGUUCACCCCCUUCCGAUACAUAGAGGAAGGGACGUUGAGCAAUGGAAUGACUAAUGACAACAGCAACAAUAACACAACUCACAAUAAUAACAGUACGUGUAUCUGUUAUUAGACAAAAUAGUUUUUCUUUUGGCAAAAAAGCAUUAAAUUUACAUAUGUAUUUAUCAACAGCUUUUCUAUUAUUGUAUCUGUAACGUUUACCAGAAUUUUCUAUGUCCAUAAAAUGUGUCAUUUAUUUAUAUAGUGUUUAGAUGAAUUGAAAUCAAAUCAAAUCGAAGAGCAAUAACUAAUACGUACUAUACAACCUAAUUGCUCAACUAUUGUAUUUAUGCAUCGAAGGCAUUGCAUGUAACUUGUUGUGUUUAUGUCCUUAAUACUAUAUCUAAAUUGUUUUGCAGCAUGCAUAUCUUUGCGUAUGUGUAUAUAUAAAUAUGUAAUUGUAGAACUCUAAAUACACAUACUAUAUAUACAUAUUUGUUUUGUUAACCAUUGGUAUUAAUGAAAUAUUUUACUUCUGAUGGAAUUUUAAUCUUACCAUAUUAGUGGCAAAUACAAUACAUUUAAUAUUAUUUAAAAUUAAGUCG